CACCUCUACACCAAGAAAGUCUGCGGCGAAGGCGCCCUCCGCGCCGUUUCCUACAACAUCCUGGCCGACACCUACGCCCAGACGGAGUUCUCCCGCACCGUGCUCUAUCCCUACUGCGCCCCGUACGCCCUGGAGCUCGACUACCGGCAGAACCUGCUCAAGAAGGAGCUGGUGGGCUACAACGCGGACCUCGUCUGCUUGCAAGAAGUGGACAAGUCCGUCUUUGUGGACAGCUUGACUCCAGCACUAGAAGCUUUUGGACUGGAAGGGCUCUUCAAGAUCAAGGAGAAGCAGCACGAAGGCCUGGCCACUUUCUACCGCAGGGACAAGUUCAGCCUCCUUAGCCAACAUGACAUAGCUUUCAGCGAAGCCCUGCUCUCUGACCCACUGCACAAGGAGUUGAGUGAUAAGCUGGCCAAGUACCCCUUGGUGCAGGAGAAGGUGCUGCAGAGGUCAUCUGUGCUGCAGGUUUUAGUUCUUCAGUCUACAACUGAUCCUUCCAGGAAGAUUUGUGUAGGCAAUACCCACCUAUACUGGCACCCAAAAGGUGGGAACAUCCGUCUCGUCCAAAUCGCUGUAGCCUUGUCUCACAUCAAGCACGUAGCAUGUGAUCUGUAUCCGAGCAUACCAGUCAUAUUCUGUGGAGACUUUAAUAGUACGCCGUCGUCUGGAACUUACAGCUUUAUUAACAGGGGUGGCAUCGCUGAGGAUCAUGAAGACUGGGCCUCUAACGGAGAAGAGGAAAGGUGCAACAUGCCUCUAAGCCAUCCUUUCCAACUGCUGAGUGCUUGCGGAGAACCUGCUUAUACAAACUACGUUGGUGGGUUUCACGGAUGCCUGGACUACAUUUUCAUCGAUAAAAACACCCUGGAGGUUGAACAGGUCAUCCCAUUGCCAAGUCACGAAGAAGUGACAACCCACCAGGCUUUGCCAAGUGUUUCCCAUCCUUCUGAUCACAUAGCACUAGUAUGUGACUUGAAGUGGAGAUAGAUCAGCUCUUCCACGGUGCUUUUCAGGGGUUUCAAACAAGAAAUGGCAUUUGCUGCUGGGGAACUGAGGU